AUGCUGUCGCCGAACAGUGGCAUUCGACCGCCACCUUCAUAUCCGACAGCAGCUGCUUUUGGUGUUAUGAGCAACUAUCGGGCACCUUAUCAGACUGGUGCCACUCAGACGGGCGAUUAUCCCAACUGUAUUAUUACGCCAAAAAGCGAACCCGAUGUCAUGCAGAUGUGUUCAGGUCCUCCAACGCCAUCGAGUGGUCGCCCAGGAUCAUCGAGCUCCACGGAAUGGCAGUAUCGUGGUGGAAGAGCGAAAAGAAGAAGGCGUGAAGAAGAUAACAGCUACGACGAGUGUAAAAGACCAGCAUUACUUGGAGAUAUCGCGAUUGAGAAUUUAGCUACACAGUUUGAACGGGACAUAUAUAGUGUUGUUGAUCACUUGAUAACACAAGCUGUUAUCAUGGUGGAUGGUGCUGAAGCAGCUCGAAAAAGUGGGAUGCUGAAGAGACUUUUGGAGUCACAACCGGGGAAAAUGUUCGCAUCGCAGAGACCUCCGCUUUCUUCACUUGAAUUUAACAGUUAG